UUUAAUUGUCUUUCUUUCUGCUCCCACUGUCUCUUUCACAAUGUUGUGGUCAUGGUUGGGAGUGACGUCACGUCAGGGCACUAACUUUGAAUGAGUUUCCUCCGUGACGUGUGCGACCAUUUCUAACCCGACCACUUAGGUAAAGUUAGAAAGAUAUUGACAACCUAACCAUCUCGACCUCUUUUCUUUUUUGUUUUCAUGCAGCGGCAGUGUCCAAUCAAAAGGUAGAAUGUCCGUCACGUCAUGAAUAAUAUUUUUCAGAGGGUGGGAAGGAGGGGAUUUGAAGUUUGAAUCGUGUCUGCACGAGACUACCGCAACUCUGCAGCGACAGCUGAGCGAGCCGCAGUGACAGCACGGAGCGGGGGAAAGUGGACAGUUGUCUGUCAGCCUUUACCACUUCUGUCGGGACUUGUUGCGCCUCGGUCACCCGCGGCGUUGAGGAUAUAUCAUGUCGUUCAUGCUUAUGAAGAAAAAGAGAUUUAAAUUUAAGGUAGAUUUCGAUCUGGAGGAAUUGUCAUCGGUUCCCUUCGUAAACGGAGUUUUAUUCUGUAAAGUUAGACUCAUGGAUGGAGGCUUUGCAGAGGAGUCGCCUCGGAAUCCAGUCCAAGCCAACUGUGUCCACUGGAGGAAGAGAUUCUCGUUCAAUGUUAAGAUGAGUGCCAAUGCUGGGACAGGUGUACUGGACCCCUGUUUUUGCCGGGUGUCCGUGCGCAAGGAAUUGAAGGGUGGAAAAACUUUUGCAAAGCUGGGCUUUGCUGACUUGAACUUGUCUGAGUUUGCCGGGUCCGGCAGCAUCACACGACGGUGUCUCCUAGAGGGAUACGACACCAAAAACACCAGGCAGGACAACUCAAUUCUGAAGGUUGUCAUCACCACACAACUUAUGUCUGGAGACACCUGUUUUAAAACUCCCCCAUCUACAGCCAUGACUCUGGGAAUCCCACAGGCUGAAGCAGAGUGUCUCCUUGAGGACAGAAAGGGAGGAAACGUGUACAUAUCCCAUUCACUCACCGAGACUCCAGCAACGUCAGUAUCAGUCCCAGAGGACCUGGUAGGGUAUGGUCACUCCAGAACACCCAGCCAUGCCAGUCAACAGUCAAAAAUCUCAGGUUACAGCUCGAAUCACUCCAGUUUAACAGAUCUAUGCCAUCGGAGGAGCGAGUCAGGAGGUUCUGCCUCCACAGGCAUCGGCAGCAUCCUGGAAACCAGUGAUCAGCGAGAGCAGGAGAGCAGGACCACUCUGCCAGCCUCCGCUACCUGUUCUAAUUCACCUACCCCCGCUAAAGUUUCAAGACAUCCAGUAAAGCAGAACUCGGUGGAGAAUCAGCUCAAAAGAGUUGAUGCCACCAGGGUGGAUGCUGAUGACGUAAUAGAGAAAAUCCUGCAGAGCCAGGACUUCAGCCCUGGCGUCUUGGACUCCAGUGCAGAGGAUGAGGGGCUCAGCUUGUUUGUUGGUCCUGGUGGGAGUACAGCUUUAGGAAGCCAGCAUAUGAGGGUUGCGGCUGGAGCCUUUGAGCAGGUGGUGAUCAAGCGCUAGGCUUUGGGAAGCAUGUGCCUGUCAUAAGGGUGCCGUAUUACACUGAUACGGGGUAUACAAGACUGAGUUGUAGAAUUGCCAUCAAAACAUGCUCCCGCCUCAGUCCAGGAGAUUUAAUUUAUUUUACGCAAUCCCUCUGCGUCUGACCUACAGUGUCUGUUGACCAGGAGAGCCUUCUAGUGUUCAAGAAGUGGAGGUGAAGGCCACAAUUGGAACAUUUUGGGGACUGAGAUUACUGGUGUACUGACAUUUCUGUUGGUCUUCUUUGAAAAGUAAGACUAUGAUUAGUAAUGUAAUUCUACAUUAUAUUGUUGACUCAUCUCUGUUAUUUAAAAAAUAUCCUUCAGUACCCAACAUGCUUUUAUUUAGCUGUGGUUGAUUUUGUGUCACCAUUUUACUUGUACCUUAAGUGGCUGGAGGGGACUGCGUCCGUUCCUUGAAGUUCCAUCAAAUUUAAAUAAUUGAUAACUGACAUUGUGAAAUUGACGGCGGUUACAGCACCAUUAUAUGUCACCUGGUUCCUCACCUGGUUGUGAGGGAGGAUGACUGAAUUUAAAAUACCAUGAAGUUUUCAUGUUUUGUACCUUCGGUAUGAUGUCUAUUUUCUGUGUGCGUGUGCAUAUGUCUGUAAAGUCAUAGUUAACGGAUGGAAUUUAUUUUUACCACAGAUUUUGUAUUUGUGCCAAGUCAUAUCUAAAGUAUGUAAUCUAUGUAUGUAUAUGUAUAUAGGCCAAAUAAAAAGAACAUUUAAAAAAA